AAGAAGAAGAAGAAGAAGAAGAAGGAAGGAAGGAGGGAAGGGAGGAAGGAAUAUUGGGUUGCUAGGCAACUAAAGACAAGCCUCCUCGUCAUCAUCUCUUGGAUCUGUGAGUUUUGCCCCGUUCAGCUGUCGCCUGUGGACAUCCUCUCUGCAGCAUAAUGUCUUGUGCAGCCUACUUAGAUGGCAACGCAACGCCAAAGUCCAUGAGCAGAGCCAAACAAUGGACUGACGAGGUGGAGAACUUAUACAGAUUCCAACAGGCAGGCUACAGAGAUGAACUGGAAUACAAACAAGUAAAGCAAGUUGACUUGAUCGACAGGUGGCCUGAGACUGGGUUUGUGAAAAAGCUUCAGCGUCGAGACAACACAUUCUAUUACUACAACAGAAAAAGAGAAUGUGAAGACCGGAAGUCCAUAAAGUGAAGGUCUAUGCAUAUUAAGUCAGGAGUGUCCAGCAAUCUCUUUUCCAUUUUGAAUAUCUUUUGACAUGUUUUUGAAGAAGACGUUUGUAGGAAGGAAGGCAGCACCAUCCCAACUGUGGAAUGUUGACCAGUUCACUGAAUAAAGGGUGUGAGGCUAAA